UUCAUACACACAGUGACAUAACACACCCUAAAGUUUCCUUCGUUCGAUCUAUUUUGAACUCUCUCUCUCUCUCUCCCCCUACAUUUUAGGGAACACCCGCGUUUCAUUUUGUGACCCUCUUCGCUGGUUUUUUCAUUUUUGGGGUUGUUUAGUUGCUGUUUAUGCUUUGUUUUGUCGUGGUUUUGCCCUUCAAAAUCGCUCCUUUACCAAUUCCAGGAAUUUUUUUUUUAAAAAGCUAAUAGCUUUACCAUCUAAAACCCAUCUUCAUUUGAGCGAUGUGUUGUUCGAUUCGGUCUUCUUGGCGUCUCAAAGUUCAUGAUGACAACAUCUGGAAUGCUCACUUUGUCUCUUCCAUCCAAAGUCAAAGCCUUUGAUUCCUAGAAAAGCUAUAAGUUGUCAGUGUUGAAGAUGGAUUUGGAAGGUGAGAGUGUUAGGACGCCAAAGAUGGAUUUGGAAGCAGAAGGAACACUGAAUUUAAAAAUGAAGGGUGCUGGAAACCAGAGCAGUAAAGAUAUGAUUUUCAGAGCUGAUAAAAUUGAUCUCAAGAGUUUGGACGCACAGCUUGAAAAGCACUUGAGCAGGGUUUGGUCGAGAGGCAUGGAGCCAAAAGGGCCUAAAGAAGAGUGGGAGAUUGAUUUGGCCAAAUUGGAUUUACGGUAUGUUGUUGCUCAUGGGACAUUUGGUACUGUCUACAGGGGCACAUAUGAUACCCUAGACGUUGCAGUGAAAGUGUUGGACUGGGGUGAGGAGGGUGCCGCCACUGCUGCUGAAACUCAUGCUUUACGGGCAUCUUUUAGGCAGGAGGUUGCUGUCUGGCACAAACUUGACCAUCCAAAUGUCACAAAAUUUGUUGGAGCUUCAAUGGGCACUUCAAAUCUUAAGAUUCCCUCAAAAAACCCUUCGAAUGGUGAUGAAGAUUCCCUUCCUGCCAGGGCGUGUUGUGUUAUUGUUGAGUUUCUUCCAGGUGGGACACUGAAACAAUACUUGAUUAAAAAUAGGCGGAAGAAACUUGCUUAUAAGGUUGUGAUUCAGCUGGCUUUGGACCUCUCAAGAGGGCUUAGCUAUCUACAUUCGAAGAAGAUUGUCCAUCGAGAUGUUAAAACAGAGAAUAUGUUGCUUGAUACUAGUCGGAAUCUGAAAAUAGCUGAUUUUGGAGUUGCUCGUGUUGAAGCUAUGAAUCCAUGUGACAUGACUGGUGAAACUGGAACCCUUGGAUAUAUGGCUCCUGAGGUUUUGGAUGGUAAGCCUUACAACAGGAGAUGUGAUGUCUAUAGCUUUGGCAUUUGCUUGUGGGAAAUUUAUUGCUGUGAUAUGCCUUAUCCUGAUCUAAGCUUUGCUGAUGUGUCGCAUGCAGUUGUUCGUCAGAAUUUACGACCAGAAAUUCCGAGGUGUUGUCCAAGUGCCUUGGCAAAUAUCAUGAGGAAAUGCUGGGAUGGCAAUCCAAACAAGCGUCCUGAAAUGGACGAGGUGGUGAGAAUGCUAGAAGCACUUGAUACCAGCAAAGGUGGUGGAAUGAUACCUGAAGAUCAGGCUUCAGGUUGCUUUUGUUUUGCUGCAACCCGUGGUCCCUGAUUCUUGAAUCCUUAAUCAUUAUCUUAUGUUUUCAAGAGAGAUAGAGGUGAAGCACUGUAACUGGCAAUUGGUAUUUUAUGAUUUUGCCAGUUCAACGUUCUUUCCUCAUGUAGGAGAGAAUGAUUGUUGAAAAGAAUGGAAGGGAAUUGUUUUUUAUUACUUUUUUUGACUGAAGGAGUGAAUUCAUUGCUUCUUAGAUAUUGUAUUUAGUACUGAAAACUGGUUUCAACUGUGCAUCAAAAAAAGGUUAUUAUAAUCUCCAAUCAAAAUUU